AUGAGACCAUUUUCCGUUGUCGACAAUGUUGGAUUUCGUGAAUUGGUCAGGGUACUGGAGCCCAGGUAUCAUAUUCCGUCACGCCCGCACUUCAGUCAAGAGAUAGUUCCAGCCCUGUACUGCGAAGCUAAAGCAAAGGUGGUCGACAGUCUGAAAAAAGCAGAGAAUGUGGCAAUAACAACGGACGGGUGGACUUCGCGGGCUUGUCAGAGCUAUAUUACAGUCACUGCGCAUGUUAUUACAGCGGAGUGGGAAAUGAAAAGUUUUGUGCUUCAGACUCGCCCACUUUUUGAGUCACACACUGGAACUAACAUAGCCGGAGUUUUAAAAGCGGCUAUACAAGAGUGGGGGCUUGAAAAGGCUCCUCAUAGUACUGCUGUUGUUACUGACAACGCACGCAACAUGGAGGUGGCAGUGAGAGAAGCCGGGUUGUCACCGCAUAUUAAGUGUUUCGCGCACACACUGAAUCUCGCGUCGCAAGCAGGUUUAAAUGUUUCUCGCGUGAGUCGCCUGCUUGGUCGCGUGAGAAAAGUCGUGGCUUUCUUUCACCGCAGUGCCACAGCAACAGCUGUGCUCGCUGAAAAGCAAAAGAUGCUUGAGAUUGCAUCACAUAAGCUUAUCAUGGAUGUUGUAACACGUUGGAACAGCUCCAUGGAUAUGUUGGAACGCUAUCUCGAGCAACAAGCGGCUAUAACUGCAUCUCUCUUGAGCACAGAGGUGCGCAAAAAUGCCCGUCAACUUGAUACUCUGGAUAGCAACGACAUCACUGAUGCAGAAGAAAUAGUGACCCUUCUUAAACCUUUAAAAAAAGCCACCAGUGUUCUGUCUGAUGAAAAGAGCGCCACCCUGUCACUCAUUGUGCCCUUGAAAUCCAUGAUCGAGCAGAGCAUGACACUGGAUGAGAAGGACUCCACAACUAUAGCUAACAUGAAAGCAGCCAUCCUGCAAAACCUCUCAGGCAGAUACUCAGAAGUACACGAUUAUCUGCUAGAGAGCACUGCACUAGACCCCAGAUUUCGAUCGUUGCCCCAUCUGCUCCCUGAACAACGUGAAGAGGUUUUCCACAGGUUGAUGGACAAAUCAAACCAGUUACAGCAGGCUGGCACUGUGGAGCAAGCAGAUAAGAGGGAGGGAGGUGCCAGUGAUGGAGAUCCCACUGAUGCAGCAGAGAAGAGAGAGAUAACACAGAGAGUUGAGCAAGAGCAGCCACCACCUAGCAAAAAGACAGCACUGGAAGAUCUCCUUGGUGCAACAUUUGCUAAACCAACAGUCUCUCAGUCUAGAUGUAGGAUAGAAGUAGAGAUUGAAAUGUACAAAAAAGACACUUCUAUUCCCCUCACUAGCUGUCCACUGAAAUGGUGGAAAGAAAAUGCUCAAGCGUACCCACUUCUUUCCUCUCUUUCCAAGGCUUACCUAACAGUUCCAGCAACUUCUGUUCCCAGUGAACGUGUUUUUUCUACAGCAGGGGAUAUUGUGAAUGCUCAAAGAUCCCAGCUUCUGCCAGAAAAUGUAGAUAUGUUGGUUUUUCUGCAAAAAAACCUGUAGGUAAACUAAACAAACCUAGUGUCUAUGUUUGAACUUAUUUGAACAGAAAACCAUUGAACCUUUUUUUUUAUACUGCUUUCAGAAGUUCUGUCUUAGGUUUCUUAAUUCUAAGUUCAUGUUAAAUAAAAAAAAUUAAACAAAUCAGUGACAGACAGACCUAUUCAGUUGGUAAUUUGAGUACAGAAAGGUUUUUAUUAAACCUUGAAAUUUGAUAUUUUAUGUACAACACAGAAAGUUGUUGAAAUUUGUUUGUUUUUGAAAUAAAUCUGUUA